UCAUUUUCAUGGCUGUCAUCAGGAGUUGCUGUUGGAUGAGCUGGUGAUGGGCGUGGCCUUGCUCUUGUUGGAAGCCCCUUCAGAUCAGCUGACCAGCCUUCUCAGACUUGCACUGAGUUUGGUCCCUGAACAAGCGGAGGCGUCGCCCUGGUUGAGUCCAGUCCUGAUUCUCCCCGUGUUGCAGCUCCUGUCCUGCUUGGGUCUCACUGAGCCGCUGUCUGACCAGAACACACACAGCACCAACCACAGGCUGGCUCACAGCCUGCUGCACAGCAUCAGCAGGCCCGCAGAUCAACCCCAGCAGCCUGCCCCAUCACUGCCUCUGUGUUCCUGGUAUAGUGAGCUCAGCGUGUCUUUGUCGGUACUGCGCAACGUGGCCAACAAUCCAGCAGCAGCGACCGAUUGGCUGUUGGCGGUCAGCUCCGCCUUGUCGUCCAGCCAGCGCCUGUCCUCCUCUCUUGUCCUGAUUGUGACUUAUCUCAUCAUCAUGGGUCAGGAAAACAUCUGCCAGCUGGCUUUGAAAGCAAGCCAGGCUGUCGCCGCUGCCGACCCCUGCCAGGUCCCGCCCCUCGUGCUGCUUCUUUUGUUCAAACUGACCAAAGAAAAGAAUCCCGUCCUGGCUCACGCUGUUCUCACAAGCCUGCCAAACCUCGGCACUCAUAAGCUUUGCUUCCCGAUCGUGCUGCACAGUCUGCACAUGCUGGCCGGCUCCCCCAAGCUGAGAGCAGUGGGACUGCGCCUCAUGACCGCUCUGUGGAAAAAACAGGACCGGGUCUACCCAGAGCUGCAGCGUCUAAUGAGCCAGCAGGACAGCAGGGCGGUGCUGGGGAGGGACGCCCAGUGGGAGCAGAUCCUGGCCAGGGCCGCCUGUGUCAGGGACAUCUGCAGAGAGAGGCCUUACCAGCAUGCAGGGGACAUGGUGGCUGCCAUUUCACUCACUUUAAAACAGUGCAACAGACCAGACCUGGCAACCCCGGCUGCUCUCAUCCUGCAGGGACUACAGGAGCUGUGUCGAGCAGAGGUGGUGGAUAUUAUCUCAGCAUGGAGAACUGUUUGGCCUGAGCUCAGCUGUCACUCACAGCCAGGAGUGGUUCAAGCCAUGGCUGAGCUUUUGGCUCUGGUGCCUCAGCUCACAGUUAAAUCAGAGCAGUACGAGGUGCGUCGUAACGUUCAUGUUCCUCUGUGUUGAGGAGCUAACAGAGUGA